AUGGCAGAUAAUUUAGCUAAUCCGAAUGCAAGCCCUUCAUCAAAUUCCGCUGCAGAUUUUGAGAAUUUUACCGCUUUCAUACGUCAAUUCUCUCAGUUCCAGGCACAUCUUGGCAGAUCUAGUUCCUCUUCUGCAAUUUCUGAUCCGAUUAGCCCUUAUUUUCUUCAUCCAGGAGAAAGUCCUGGUUUGGCUCUAAUUCCGCUUAAAUUGACACCUCAAAAUUAUUAUCAGUGGUCGUGGUCGCGCGAUAUGUGGAGAGCACUCAGAUCGAAGAACAAGGUGAAAUUCCUCGAUGGAUCCAUUCUAAAACCAGGUGAAGGUGAUCCUAAUUUUGAAGCAUGGGAUAGGGGUAACAAUUUUCUCCUCUCCUGGAUCAACCUCUCUCUCAGCCCUGAAAUCGCUAAGAGCGUGAUGUGGAUUAGCUCAGCUCCAGACUUGUGGAAUAAUUUAAAACGUCGUUACUCACAGGGAGAUACAGCAAGAUUUAGGAACUCUAUAGCAUGCUAG